UCCCAGCACUGAUGGCACACUGUUGUGAUAAGAAUCCGAUCAAUGGUAUAAUUAUUGCUUAACUGAAAAUGCAAGAAUUUCUGAAAGCACUUCCCAAAGUAGAGCUUCAUGCUCACCUCAACGGCUCCCUGGGCAUCGAAAGUCUGCGUGCUCUUGGCCAGCAUGUGUAUGGAUCCAACUCCCAGAAAUUUUUGGAGCUGAGCGCGCUUCGAUUUCAAAAGGAUUUGGAUGCAUGUUUCGAGACCUUUAAGUUUAUCCACGAGCUGACCUCCACAGCCGAGGGUCUACGAUUCGCCACAGAGCUGGCAGUGCGGGACUUCGCCCAGGAUAACGUGCAGUAUGUGGAACUGAGGACUACUCCCAAGGAGAACGAGAACUAUUCUCGCCGAGAUUACCUGCAGAUCGUGAUCGAUGCGAUCGAGAAAGCAAAGGAAAAGUAUCCGCAAAUACUAGUCAAACUUCUUCCCUCUAUAAAUCGAGCGGAGCCGGUGGCAGUGGCUGAGGAGACCGUUUCUCUGGCUGUGGAGUUGGCCCAAUCCCAUCCAGGUCUUAUCUUAGGCAUAGAUCUGAGCGGUAAUCCAGCUCGUGGAAGCUUCUCCGAGUUUGCUCCCAUCCUCGCCAAGGCUCGCGAAAAGGGUCUUAAACUAGCCAUUCACUGUGCGGAGAUCGACAAUCCUGCAGAGGUCAAGGAAAUGCUGCAGUUUGGAAUGUCCCGCUGCGGACAUGGCACUUUUCUGACCCCCGAGGAUAUUAUCCAGCUCAAACAGCGAAACAUACCCAUCGAAUGCUGCCUGACGAGCAACGUUAAAUCGGGAACAGUGCCCAAUCUGGAGGAGCAUCACCUGAAAAGGAUAAUGGAGGCGGAUGCACCUAAGGUUAUUUGCACGGACGACAGCGGAAUAUUUGACACUACCUUGACGCAGGAGCUUCUGCUGGCCGCAGAAACUUUUGGACUAACACGAGAGCAAUGCAUUAAACUGACACUGGAGGCAGUGCAUCACUCGUUCGCCAGCGACCAGGACAAAAAGGAGAUGGAGGAAAAGGUGGCUAAAUACGUAGCCACCUUGGCAACAUAAGUGAUAGAGAAGGCAUCCCAUUUGACAACCGAUUAUAGUACUCCGCUACUACUAUUACUAAUUCUGAUUCUGAUUUUCCGCCCUUGUGUAUUUAUUUUUUUUAAGUAAAUAUAGCUAUGUAUGUUGAAUCUCUGCCUUCGAACUUAAUCUCUUGAAAAUGUAGUUUCCAAGAACAAAUGUUCCGUUUUUAAUAUCAUUCUUUUUAUUCAAUAUGUAGAAGUAUUUAGUUACAAGUUUUUCAUUAGUUAUGUUCAUCCGUCGUACGUACAUAUGUGGCUAAUAGGUUAUUAUGCAUUUCUUUUCUUUCUCUUUUA